GUAUGUGAGCCAGAAGAACGCCUUUUUCACAAAUUGUUUUCUCAUUACAACCGGUUCAUAAGACCUGUGGAAAAUGUGUCUGAUCCUGUCACGGUACAUUUUGAAGUGGCAAUUACGCAGCUUGCCAAUGUGGAUGAAGUGAAUCAGAUUAUGGAGACCAAUUUGUGGCUGCGUCAUAUAUGGAAUGACUAUAAAUUGCGCUGGAAUCCGGUGGAGUACGGUGGAAUUGAAUUUGUUCGAGUCCCCGCUGACAAAAUUUGGAAACCCGAUAUUGUGCUGUAUAACAAUGCGGUUGGAGAUUUUCAAGUGGAAGGCAAGACCAAAGCUCUUCUGAAAUAUGAUGGGAUGAUAAGCUGGACUCCUCCUGCUAUUUUUAAGAGUUCCUGUCCUAUGGAUAUCACUUUUUUCCCCUUUGAUCAUCAAAAUUGUUCUUUAAAAUUUGGCUCCUGGACAUAUGAUAAAGCAGAGAUCGAUCUUCUAAUCAUUGGCUCCAAAGUGGAUAUGAAUGAUUUUUGGGAAAAUAGUGAAUGGGAGAUAGUUGAUGCUUCUGGCUAUAAGCAUGACAUAAAAUACAACUGUUGUGAAGAGAUUUAUACAGAUAUAACUUAUUCCUUUUACAUUAGAAGGCUGCCCAUGUUUUAUACUAUUAAUUUGAUCAUUCCCUGUCUCUUCAUUUCAUUUCUAACUGUUUUGGUUUUUUACCUCCCUUCUGACUGUGGGGAAAAAGUAACCCUCUGCAUUUCAGUUCUGCUCUCUUUGACUGUGUUUUUGUUGGUGAUCACAGAAACAAUUCCUUCCACCUCUCUGGUAAUUCCACUGGUAGGGGAGUACCUGCUGUUCACAAUGAUAUUUGUGACUCUGUCCAUUGUGAUAACCGUAUUUGUGUUAAACAUUCAUUACCGAACUCCAACAACUCACACCAUGCCUCAGUGGGUGAGAACUGUUUUUCUCAAGUUGCUGCCCAGAGUUUUGAUGAUGAGGAGACCUUUGGAAAAGAAGGGUGAAAGGUUUUCUGAUAAAGACUCCGAAGGAUUUGCCGGGAAAUCUGCUAAAUCGAAGUAUGGAGAAAAUGCUAAGUCAGUCAAAGAACAUGGAUGCUUCCACUGUAACCCGUCAAAUGAAAUCUUACCCAGCAAAAGAAGAUUGAGCUAUCAGUCUUUAAAGUGGAUGACUGAGCUUUUACAGUAUUCAUCUGAAGUCACAGAUGUGAUUGAUAGCGUUCAAUUCAUCGCAGAAAACAUGAGGAAUCAAAAUGAAACAAAAGAGGUGGAAGAUGACUGGAAAUAUGUGGCCAUGGUUGUUGACAGAGUGUUUCUUUGGGUGUUUAUAAUCAUCUGUGUGUUUGGAACAGCAGGAUUAUUUCUCCAGCCACUAAUUGGGAACACGGUAUAAUCUCAAACAAGAAAACGUGAAUGAACUAUCUUUUUCCAAAAUAUCAAGCCACUAGAUUUUGUCAGUAUUCCCUCCAGAUGCAUGGGGCGAUCAAAAUAUCUGCUCAACAAGGGUUGAUAUUAGAAAUAAGACAAAAAUGGAAAAAAAACUUGCAUAUUCUCCCCUUGUGAAUUUCUAGCUUCUGCUGCUUGUUGAUAUGUCACAUUGCUUUUUGACCCCGACACUAUCUUGCUCACCUGGUAGCUUGUGUUAUACGGCAAAAUCUUAAUUUUGUAUGUUUGUGACUCUUAUUGAAGUGCUGGGUGUUUAGUGGAUGAAGGACUAGGAAC